AUGAAAGAGAGGGACCCCGAGAUACUUUCCCAAGGGAUAUUUGAGGCUGGUUCUGGUCCUUCUAUAUGUAGCGAAGGAGAAGAUGUGGAAUCUCCAUAUUAUCGACCUCUUCAAAAUUGUAUAGGUGGAACAAAUAGCCGCCGAUGGAUUCCUAUUGAGGAGAGGGUAGCAUGGCCUUCUAGAUCUAAUUUGAACAAGAAUGAACUAGCACUAUAUGGUCUACACCCACAAGAACUCAUUGAGGACACUGCACAUUAUAAAACAGCUAUUCGUAGUUAUUGGUCUCUUCUGUCACCCCUGAUAUUCUCAGAUCAUCCAAAGAGACCAGGUGACGAGGAUCCUUCUCCACCUUAUAACAUGCUCAGGAAUGUGCUAGACAUGAAUGCUUGCUAUGGUGGUUUUACUGCUGCAUUACUGGAAGCAGGGAAGUCUGCCUGGGUCAUGAACGUAGUUCCAACAAGUGGACCAAACUACCUUCCCCUGAUUCUUGAUAGGGGCUAUAUUGGUGUAUUACACAAUUGGUGUGAAGCAUUUCCAACAUAUCCUAGAACUUAUGAUAUGGUGCAUGCGGACGGACUUCUAUCCCUUGAGACUAGUCAACAUCGCAGGUGCACCAUGCUUGAUCUUUUCUCUGAGAUAGACAGGUUGCUUCGUCCAGAGGGUUGGGUAAUAAUUCACGAUACGGCUCCUCUUAUCGAAAAAGCUAGAGUUCUAACAGUGCAGUUGAAGUGGGAAACCUGAUCUUUGGG